AAGAGCGUUGAACUUGAUGUGGGGAUGGUGAGAAAAGCAACCCCUUACAGAAAAGAGACCCAGAUGUGAAAGCUUAUGAACCCCAAACGAACUCAGGUUUGGGAGCAGAGCAUACACUGAGAAAUGGAGAAGGCGAGGGAGAUGCUGCAGCCGAAGCUAAACCAAGAAGAAUCAGACGCUGUAUCACGGCUCCACUCUGUUCCUUCCAUCAGAACUGGCGACAAUGCCUGCUUCUACGAGUUCUUCACCCUCACCGGCAUCCGAGUUGACCGAGUCCAACCCGGCUUCAUCACCUGUUCCUUCAAAGUCCCUCCUCGCCUCGCUGACAGGAAUGGGAAGUUGGCUAGUGGAACAAUUGCAACUCUCGUGGAUGUAGUUGGAGGAGCUGUGAUCCAUGAAGAGGGUCUCCCCAUGCAUGUUUCAGUUGACAUGUCUAUUUCUUUUCUUUCAACUGCUAAUGUUGGCGAUGAACUAGAAAUUACUUCCAGGUUGUUAGGAAGGAAAGGAGGUUAUUCAGGAACAAUUGUUGUCCUAAAAAAUAAAGCCACAGGAGAAUUGAUAGCAGAAGGUCGUCAUUCACUAUUUGGUAGACAUAAAAGCAAAAUGUAAUUCUAUUAUGCUAUGUGUGCAAAAUAUAUGUAUGCAAACAUAUCAAGGUUUUCUUUGGAACACUAAUGUUGGUAUGUGACAUUAGUUAGAUAAGUUCUGAGGGAGAACAAGAUUUGACAUUUUGUAUAUUGCAAAGUGAAAAAAACGAAAUUUCCCCCACUAAUGUGUUGGAAAUUAAGGAAAGAAGAACUGCGUCGUGGACGAACCACUGCCUUGAAAGCAAAAUUCCGGCAGACCUCCGGUGCAAUCUAGUGCACUCAGAAUCUACACAUGCUGGAGUCUCUACAAUAAUGCUCAGAAUUACACAAUAAAGAGUGAGAGAUCGAGAAAGUUGAUGUGUUCUUGUAUAUCUAUAUGCUUCCAUUUCUCAUAUGCCUCUUAUAUAUAUAUUUCUUCAA